AUGGCCUUGCGACUGGCCCGAGUCUAUGACUGGGAACCGGGAGAUGGCGAGGUGACCUUCGAUGAAGUCCAUCAUAGGAUCAUCCAUCUCAAGUCGGGCGGAUUUCAGACGGUGAAUGUCAUCGAUGGAGACGAAUCAGCAGCCACAGAUGGCCUGUCUGUGCAGUUGGAUCAGGAGGGCCUGCGGUCCCUGAGAUUCUCCCCAGACGGGCUCUUCAUCGCCUUCCUCUGCGGCCGUCGAUUGGGAUCGGUGCAGACCAUGCAGCCAAAGCAAGUUCUUUGGCCUACAUGCAAGUGGAGUAGCAAGGCGGACUUCGAAGUCUUGGGCUAUUUCUGGUUGCCGGGUGGGCCGCAAGAUUGCAACUCCGAUUUGGCGUUGGUGAGCACUCAGGGCAUUGAAAUCUUCCGGCUGAACUUCGAGCAGAAGACCUGCAAGUCUUUGAAGACCUUUCCAACAGCGGUGCGUAUUUGUUGGUUGGAUCCCACCGCCAGCACCGUUCUGCUUUGCACAGGGACCAGGACACUGCAGCCCUUCGACUUCCGCCGGCGAAAUCCCAAGCUCCCGCGCUUCGAUUUGGUCUUGACACGCGGUCAGUCGAUUGAGCCCUCAGAUGUGGCCCUGGUGACGAUCUAUGACUCCAGCUAUUGCAUUCAUGCUGAUGGGUUGACUGGAAAGGUGUCCCUUCGAAAUGUCACCAAUCUGGAGCAGGGCACGCCGGAGCAUGACAUCGUCAUUGAUGUCUCAGAGAACGACACACCCGUGGGCCCCCUACGGCUCUCGGUGGUGGAUAAUCUGCUCAUCGUACAUUGCUUGGAGAGGACGUGA